AUGCCCGAAGAAUCUCGGAAAUCAUCUAUUGAGGGCAUCGCCCAACCAGAAGCUCUGCUGCGCUCUGCAUGCACCGAGUGCCAUCGUCGAAAGCAAAAGUGCAAUCGCCAAUGGCCAUGCAACAAUUGCCAGAAGCGCAAGGUCGCUGAUCAGUGUCGUUUCAGGGAUGACUCCAAGGUCACCUCAGGUGAGGAUGCGUGGACCGCUUCCCUGGAAGUUAAGCGGAAGCGCGACAUGCAUGGCGAUGAAGAGGAGAGCGACGACGAUGAUGUUGGAGACGUUUUAGAAGCGAUUGGCUACAGUCGUCUUCAUAUGUUGACGAAUCUUGAUCAAGAACAUGUCGACAGCCAGACGGGUAGCAGAAUUGAGAGCGAGCUUGACGCAUCUGUCAAAGACCUGACCCAGAAAUACCACGAUGCUGCUAGAGAGCUCCACAGCGCUAUCCCUGUGGGAUAUGGCCAUGUCUACACGGUCCAGUACCUACUGCAUUCAUAUCUUCACAAGAAACCCGUAGACCAGCUACCGGGGUUUGAGCUCGAAAUGAAGAGACGACUGUGGUGCAUUGUGGAUUCCUGGGACUGUCUUACACUAGAAGACUAUCCCGCUUCACCCAUGUUGCAUCUCAAGCUACAGUCUGAACUCGUCAGCCUGAUCUUCAAACGCUUCGGUGGACCCAAGCUCCUUUCUGAUCCUGCCGACAUCAGGGAUUACCAAACCAUUCUAGAGGAUUUCAUGAAGACGUUCCCACCCGAGUACGCACUUGAUCAUCCCAACACACCGACUAACGAGGAUCUACCAUGGAUUGCUCUUCACCGUCACUACAUGCACACUUGCACUCUAUCUAUUGCCCUUGGCCCUUUUAGAGCAUUCAUGGCCAAGUCUAUGAAGCAAUCAACCGCGUCUGCUGUCGAUCUAGAGUUUCGACUGACAGGUAUCGAUUACGCCCUUCGUCUGAUAGAAGCUGUUCAUCGGUUCUUUGAGUACGUGUGGACCAGAGACACCACCUUCCACUUCGUCCCUUUUUGCAUCUUUGACACGGCUGCCCUUCUGUGCUCGGUCAUCAUCCACGCAGAAGACGGCCGUGUGCCGCGUCGUCAAGAAGUAGCCGGCGCUAUCGCCAGAGCAUACAGUACUCUGAAGAAGUUACGAACUGCCACCAACACAGCCAAAGCUCCCUACGAUGUUUUGCGAAGGUUGAUUAAGAAGUUGCCGUCGUCAUCUGGGAUACAGGCGGCUGAAGCUCACAAGAGGCGACGGUUUGAUACUCCACCUAGCGGCCAAGGUUCUAUGCCUGUCAUAGCAGCUAUGCCAGAACCAAUUAUGGAUGCAGGCCUCAUUGCACUGGCACCGAUGCCUAACCCACUUCCUGAGCUACCUCUAGUACAAGCCCAGUACGAGCCCCACAUCGACCCUAUCCCAGUGGCUCCUGAGAGGAUUCAGACGGGAGGGCAGUCAUCCGUGUCGUAUCCCCUUCAUGACGGGACAGAUCUGGGAUUUCAACAGUGCACUUACACAGAUCCGUCACAAAUUCAAGAGAUUCCUACCGCGCCAUCUUGGCCUAUGGAUAUCAACAACAGAUCUCAUAUGCAGAAUCUCCCAGUUGGAUCUCCUGAAAUCGAUAUGGGUUUCCAGCAGCUCUCUGAUGCUGAACUAGGAGACCUUGCCAUGCUGUGGAAUUGGGAGAGUCUGGAUCUUGGGUUUCCCUCGAAUCCUAUUUAUCAGCAAAUGUGA